AUGAAUGAUGAGACACUCUUGAGUUUGCCCAGCACUGAAGAGGCCUCAUGUAUUAAUGAGGAGUUUAAGAAACUUCACCAGUUUCUACAUGAUGAAGAGGCAGCCAGAAUAACAGCACUGAGAGAGGAAGAGGAGCAGAUGGCAGCUGAAGAUCUUUCAUUUCUACAGAACUUUACGAGCACAAUGAGAAGAGCCCAGGUUACACCAGCAGAUCCAGAGAUCAUUUCAGGAGUUCUGAUCAAUGUCCCAAAACAUCUGAGCAACCUGAAGUUCACUGUGAUACAGAAGAUGCAGGAAAACGUUGAAUACACUCCAGUGACUUUGGACCCAAACACUGCUGACUGUAAUCUCAUCGUGUCUGAUGAUCUGAUCAGUGUGAGAGUCAGUGAAGAGAAACAGCUGCUUCCUGAUAAUACUGAGAGAUUUGACGAUUUGUGUGUUUUGGGAUCAGAGGGUUUGUCAUAUUGUGUUUCAUCAUUUAUAGAAUCCAGUUCUGUUUUCAGCUACAAUCAGGGCCAGUAAUUUAUAAUCAUUGGUUAAAAAGUAUAUCGGGUGCCAAUUCUCAGUGUAGAGUUUGUCUCUUCUUUUGGGGGAAUCAACAUAAUAAUCCCUCUCUUAAAGUCUGUGGAAGACAUUGUUUUUUUCAAGACUUUCAGCAAAUACUUCCAAUAGGAAUGGGGCCAAAUCUUUGGAAAAUAAUUGAACAAAUUCUGAUGUUAAUUUAUACUGUACAUACACACUUGGGACUUUUAAACUGAUUG